AUGAUGGAUAUAGCACUAUGGUUCCCCUCGCUGAAGGGAGCCGACACGGAGAACAUAGACCCUAGGAUAUGGGUGUAUCUAUGCGCAUCGGCACUCCUUGCCGUCUCCUCCCUUAUCGGACUCGUUAUUUAUCGUCUCUACCUCAGCCCCCUGGCUAAAUUCCCUGGUCCUCGAUUGGCUGCCCUGACUGGGUUUUAUGAGACAUACUAUGACAUGGUUCAAGAUGGUCAGUUUACCUGGCAGAUUGAGCGUCUACAUCAGAAAUACGGCCCCAUAGUGCGGAUCAAACCGUGGGAACUUCACGUGCAAGACCCCGACUACUACAACACGCUGUACGCGGGACCGACGCGCAAACGGAACAAAGACUCCUGGUUCUCCUUCCUCGGAUGGCCGCAGUCGAUCUUCUCGACGGAGGGACACGCGUUGCAUCGCGUCCGACGAAGCGUCCUGGGACAGUUUUUCACACGGAGAGCGAUUUUGGAUCUCGAGCCGGUUAUUCAGGCCAAUGCUCAGCGUUUGACCCGUCAUUUUCGCAAUGCAGCAAAUGGCUACGAUAUCUUGGAGCUUCACGCCGCGUUUAUGUGCUUCGCGAGUGAUACUCUGUCGCAAUAUGCCUUUGGGGAACAUAUUGGUUUUCACUCUCUCGACCAAGGAGGGCUGGAUGCGGUCUGGAAGACAAAGAUUAACUCAUGUUUUGAGCUUGUGCAACUAGCAAGACAUUACCCUUGGAUUUGCAAGAUCGCGCACAUCUUCCCCUGGCCAGCAGGGAUUGUGUGUUCGUACUUUGACGAGGUCAUUAAGAUGGAAACGGAUGUUAAAAAAAUGGUUCGCAAAGCAAUCCAGGAGCGCGGUAUGAUAAGCAACGAAAAGCCCAAGGCAAUCUAUCCUACUAUCUUGGAAAACGAGAAGGUCCCCGAGAGCGAGAAAAAGUUCGCUCGGCUGGCUGACGAUGCGAUCUUCCUGAUGAUUGCCGGUACCGAUGCACCAUCGCAAGCGUUGGCUAUCACCAUGUUCUACGUUCUGCGCCACCCCGAGGUCCAUGAAAGGGUUCGCGCUGAGCUGUGUGCCGCUUGGGGAGAUGCGUCGAUGGCGCCAGGGCUGACGGCGUUGGAACAGUUGACUUAUUUUACUGCCGUAUUGAAGGAGGGGCUUCGAUUGUCUUCGAUCGUCACGACACGUCUUCCACGCAUCGCACCAGAGGAGACUUUGCAGUUUCAUGGAUGGGACAUCCCGCGUGGAACGCCCGUGAGCAUGUCGACCUAUUUCAUCCUCCGCGAUCCCAAGAUCUUCCCCGAGCCUUCCCGAUUCCUCCCCGAGCGCUGGCUCCUGGAGCCCGAAGAGUUGCGAAAGUUGGAGCGAUACCUUGUUCCAUUCUCAAAAGGGACUCUGGGCUGUCUGGGCCCGAAUAUGACUUGGGCAUGGCUGUAUUUGGUGCUUGGGACACUCCUCCGCAAGUUCGACAUGAGUCUCCAUGACACGACAGAGCGGAACGUGGAGAUGGUCCGAGACAAGUUCAUCGGACAGACGGAGCGUGGGAUGAAUCGGGUUCAGGUCAAGGUGUUGGGCGAAUAUCAGUGA